AGUUAAGCUAGGAUUAAAAAAAAACAAAAACUAAUGGACAGAAGAGAAGGAUAUCAGCGUGCAAAUGCUCGUUUCAGUUUCAGAUGUUGAUAUUAAAUUGCAGUUUAAACUAAUUUACUAUGUAAUGUAACGACUCGCAUUUUAUUACCAAUGCUAAACAACAGGCAUUGUUUACAACUGCAAUGAAAGAACUUUUACUUCCGAAAAUAGUUACCGGCAAAAGUUCUGUGGCUUUGGCAUGGAUCAGGUCGUUUCUCAGUCCAAAAGUGUCCUUUGCACCUUGACAGAUAAGAAGGAUCAGUCCAAAUAUGUCUGUUUUACACAAAAGAAGCCUGCAGGGAUAAUUAUUGGACUGAGCAAUGGUGAAGCUGUUUGGAAAGCAGAUCUGUCAGAGGAAGCCCUCUCACAGCUUAAGAACAAAUUAUCAUUGAAAUCAACAGAAGACUAUGCCCUGAAACUAAAGAGUGCAUGCAGGAGCGGCAGUGCGUUUGUCUCCCUGCAGGAGGAUAACGCUGUGCUUCACUUCAGCUCUGAGCCUGCAGACCAGAAUGUGUCUUUCUCCAAGCUCACAGAUCAGGAGGGAAGGACAGAGCUCAAAGAUCUGCUCUUUAAGAUGGCGGACAGUCUAAUGCAGCAGGACACUACAGGAGCCACGUCUUCAUCAAGCCCUCUUAAGACCCCACAGAAGAAGAGCAUGGGAUUUGAACCCAGGAGACAGCCCACUGGCCCAACGAUAGCAGUAAAGAAACGCCUUCCAGGGGAUUCACUCAUCAACCCAGGAACAAAACGGAAGCGCUCUGCUAUAGGAGUGGCCUUUGACGAUGGAGAUGACACAUGAAUCUCCUGAUCCUGACCCUAUGACGUGACUGCGCAUGAUCCUGUUUUAACCCUCCAACACAAUCAGUGCAAUUACUACAAGUCUGACUUUAUCAACUGAAAUAAUUAUUAAGAAUGAUUUUUAAACUUGCAUGAUUUUAAACCUUUUAAACCUAGUCUGAAAUAAACAAAUGUGCUAUUUUUUUAAAA